ACCCUAUUGUAGGUAUGCCGUGUCCAAGUUCUGUCAAUGUCAAUAUACUGUCAAUGCUGUCAAGUUUGUGGCUGUCAAUCGUAUAAAUUCAAUUAUUGAAUUCAACGACUCAUUUGAAUUGAGAAAGCGGACUGGGUGACUAAAAUUUCAAAACAAAGAGUUACUUUCUGCAUUUGCUUUUGUUCAAUAGAUAACUAACGGAUAAAACCAAAUCACUGCCACAAUGGAACCAAUGACACUUGGAAGUCCACCUCAUUCACCUUCUGGCAGUCCUAACAUGAGUUACUUACCGCCUUUCCUUCUUGGUGAGAUAAAUCCCCCAACCACACCAAGAACUAACAGCUUGUCACCGACAAAAGGACGAAAUGUUGGCUUUGGUUCACCGACUAGUCCCACGUAUGCGUCGACACCAGAACAAAAACUGUUCAGACAAAAUAUGACAAUGCAUCAACAAGCAUUGUAUAAUCAGCAAAAUGCCUAUGCUAAUAUCCCUGCAUCUCCAAAUAUAUCAUACUCUAGCAAACCCAAUGGACCGCCCAUAGAAGAUUUAUUUGAUACAAUCAAAAGCAAUGAGCCUAAUAAAUCUGCAUACCAAGAUCACAGUUUCCUUGGGUAUGCAAACAAUUCACUAUUGCAGAACUCUUUUGUUAAUAAUAUGAACUUAUCAAUGAACAAUCAGUCUUUAACAUCACAGUGGCAAGAUGGAUGCCAAGAACAGGAGGAGUACUGGGUUACUGUUUUUGGUUUUCCUCCUAAUGCUGCCAAUACUGUAUUAGCCAGAUUUAGUAAUUGUGGUGCUAUGAUAGAUAAGAUAUACCCAACUCAAGGUAAUUGGGCUCAUCUAAGAUAUGCAACAAGAGCUGAAAAAGAAAGAGCCAUGGCUUUAAAUGGGAGGCAAGUGUUGCCUGGUAUCAUGGUUGGAGUUGUGGAAUGUAGAGAAGUGCCCAGAAUAAGUGUCACAAACCCUGGCCUCACUUCUCCUGAAAGACAGACAACAGGAGCCCGUUCGCUGUGCCCAACACCAAUACCUUCAGCUCCAGUUCCCCAACGUUCCAGUGGAUUACUUUCUAAAGCUUUAGAUUAUGUCCUAGGAUGGUGACAAAUGCCAUAUUUUGUACAAAAGUUGUAAAUUAAGAAAAUAAAGACUGUUCCAUACAAUUUAUUAGGAAUGAUGAGAUACAUGAUUUUACAUUAAAAAAAUAAAAGAUGAAAUUGGAAAAAGGAUAAUAGCGACAUCAUGUUUUAAAUAAAGAGUUGAAUUCUAUUAAUAAUUUUAAUUUUUAAAUUACAUUUAUAAAUUCUUAAAAUUACUUGUAUGCUAAUAUUAAUUUUGCGAUAUUCUAAAAAAGUACAUAACUAGAAAUUGUAUGUACAUAAUAAAUAUGACCUACUGCUGUGAAAAUAAAAAAGGGUAGAAUAGAAAAUAAUAGGUUACACAAUGCAUUUUAUUAAAUACAUUAAUUGCCAUUACAAAUAAUAUCAAUGGUAGACUGGCUCAGAGGGAGCUUGUGAAUGACCCCUGGAGCUAAUACCUCGCACGCACCCUGCAUGCAGGCCAUAUACAGUUGAUAAAAAUGAGUUAACCAACAUCUUGUUUUUUUUCCACGUCAUUGAAUACUUGACCCAUAUUACAUCUUUUAUAAACUGAUUUCACUACAUAUAAAUAAUUUUAAAACAUUGCCUUAUUAUUGCAAUACAUAUUUUACAAGCAUUAAUAGAACAACCCCCUUACUCUCGAACGCAAUUUCAAUCGCGACCAUUCGAAAUUGCAAGUGUAAUCAACUCUAAUGUCAGAGUAUGCUAGUUAACCAAUCAAGAGUGCAGAGCGGCACAAUUGCAAUGUCGAUCAGUCGCGGCUGCAUUUGACAGUAAGGGGGCAGAACAUGAAUCAAGUAAUCAAGUCACAUCUAGGUAUAUUUUAAAUAAACUAUGUUUAUAAUAAGUUCACUUUGGAUGUUCUAUUGUAGCAUUAGCUAGGUCUGUCAUCUUUGGAUACUUAAUGUUAUGUUUGUCUAGUUCACUCUGUGACCAGAGUAUCAUCCUGAGAAGACUGCAGAGUUUUGGAUUGGUAUAUUCUUGAUUCUCCAUUUUUAAUAUUGCUGCAUUUAGUUCACUGGCAAUCUGUAAAAGAUUAUGGUAAACAUGAAUAAGUAUGGUUUGAUAAACACCCAGUUUCUGAAUUGAGAAUUUAAAGUUAAGCAUGUCUCAAACCAUACUUAAACCGUCUUAAACAUCACUUGAACAAGUUUUCAU